CCCGCACAAGGCAGUCUCUCUCUCUCUCUCUCUGGCGCGCGCGCUUUCUCGCUCUUCCCUGUAUAUUAACGCUUCCCAGAAGCUUUUUGUUCAAGGGUGCUGAUCGCUUGGGAGAAGCUUCUAUCUGGAGCUGUUCAAGAUGCGGCGCUCUUCGACCAGGAAGGCAGGUCAAACCAAUUCCGCGACGCCGGUAAACUCCACAGCAGCCGAUCUCUUUCGCUCCGCAUCAAGUAAAGCCAGUAGCAAAGAGUUGGAACGAAUUGAUCACCUGUUUUAUUCGUAUGCAAAUAGUUCGUCUGGUAUGAUUGACCCAGAAGGAAUUGAGGCACUUUGUUCAGAUGUGGAAGUGGACCAUACUGACGUCAGGAUAUUGAUGCUUGCUUGGAAAAUGAAGGCUGAAAAACAGGGAUACUUCACUUUGGAGGAAUGGCGAAGGGGCCUUAAAGCAUUGCGAGCUGACACUAUAAACAAAUUAAAGAAGGCACUCCCUGAGCUGGAAAAAGAGGUUAGGAGGCCAUCAAAUUUUAUAGAGUUCUAUUCCUAUGCAUUUCGGUACUGCCUAACAGAGGAAAAACAGAAGAGCAUAGAUAUUGAGAGCAUCUGUGAAUUACUGGAUCUUGUUUUAGGAUCCCAGUUCCAUGCUCAGGUUGACGCAUUAGUUGAGUAUCUAAAGACACAGAAUGAUUACAAGGUCAUAAACAUGGAUCAGUGGAUGGGAUUUUUUCGGUUUUGCAAUGAGAUUAGUUUCCCAGACUUCACCAAUUAUGAUGCAGAACUGGCCUGGCCUUUGAUCCUCGACAAUUUUGUUGAAUGGAUGAGAGUGAAGAAGAGCUGAACGUGGCAUUUUUAUUUUUCUGAUCCACGUUCUUCUCUGCCUUAAAACCACACAUCAUCAAAAGUGGGUAUCUGCGAGGUUUUCUUAGUUUCAUUUAAAGAACACUUCCCCUGAUGUUUUUACUUGCAUUUUUUCUUCUUCAAUUAAUUUUUUUGUUCUGAUUGUUCUGUUUGCAGGAUGCUGCGCAAUUACACACCGGGAACUGCCUGGCAAUCUUUUUUCUGUUUAUUUGCCCUCCAAAUCUGGAACGCAAGUUAAAAAAACUUCUAUAUUCUGUAAGAUUAUUCCUGUUGUGUUAUGGAGAAACUGAGAAAGUUCAAAGUGCAUAACCUGCUCUAGUGAAAUUUCAUGUACUGCACCACCAUUUUUAUAGAUACUGUCCAUUCAGCUGCUGCUUAGAACUUAAAACAAUCUUGAGCUGAUUCAGUAUAGGUUGCUUAAGAUUUGGUAUAUUCCAUUGAAUCAAUGCUGGGUUGUUUGGAAAACAUUUCUGUUGGAAAUCUAUUGUUAAAAAUCAUGGUUGGCACUA